UGUGACACACUGAGCUGUCAGCAACAGGUUCUCUGACUUGUACUGCAGCUAAACUUUAACAUUUCUCCGACAAUUACUGACCUCUUUGGAUACUAAACCUAUACAGCGUGUGUGGGAAACCUUCCAGAAGUGGCGGAUGAUAACUUCAGGCCCCUCGAAAGCUCAGAAGUUGACGUUUUUUGGCUGUAGUGAGAGAGUCUCUCCUUCUGUUUCUCUCUCCCCUCUUUUCUCUCCCUCCUCUCAGUGACAGCACUGUCCUGUCUUGGCUGCAGUAUUGACUGAUGACUGGGCUGUGACUGUGUGUUUUGCAGAUGGCUGCGAGCAGUAGCUGAGGACGCCACCGGGAGUUCCCCCUUUCUGUUUCUCUCUUGCCACCUGCAAAUAUGAAUGGUGGUCAGAGUGUAUGGGCGAUAACUCCGGAGGAGAGGGACAAGCAUGAUCAGAAGUUUGAUACCCUCUCCCCAUCAAUGGGCUAUGUCUCAGGGGAGCAGGCAAGGAAGUUUUUCCUCCAAUCAGGGCUGCCUGCUUCAGUUUUGGCUGAAAUCUGGGCUCUGGCUGAUAUGAAUAAAGAUGGGAAGAUGGAUAGGUUGGAGUUUUCCAUCGCUAUGAAGCUCAUAAAGCUAAAACUCCAAGGUACCCCACUCCCGUCAGCGCUGCCAAUCAUCAUGAAGCAACCUCCAGUGCCUGUUCCCAACAUCAAGAACCCCACCUCAUCUAUGACCAACCCAGCCUAUGGUAUUGGCUCUGUACCUAACAUGCCCAUGGCUGGGACAAACCUUGCCAUCUUGACCCAUAUCCCCAUGGCAACCGCUGGACUCUCACCUUUGGCACCAAUGACAGGCCUCACUCCUCUGGUUCCUACAGCAACAGGCCUGGGCCCUCUCAUAGCCCCCACCCCUACCAGACCCCUGAUGCCCACUAUGGGAAACAGCACACUGCCAAACGGCACCAUGGGAAUUCUCCAGCCAAUCCCAGCUGGAGCUUUGGCCACUGGCCUACCUCUGUCUUCAUCCGCCUACUCCUCUCCACUGGGACUCUCCUCUUCUCCUGCUGGUGUAAACAAGGCCCCAUCACUACUGGACCUGGGAUCUAGCAGCUCCGCUUCCUCAUCCCCUUCUGUGAUGUCCCCCAUGGUUUCUGGUCCCAGUGACUGGGCCGUGCCACAUGCCUCCAGACUUAAAUACAGACAGCAGUUCAACAUCCUGGAUAAACAGAUGAUUGGAUACCUCACUGGUCAGCAGGUGAGAGGUGCCAUGGCAGCCACGAUGCUGACUCAGACACAGCUGGCCUCCAUCUGGACUUUAGCAGACGUGGAUAAGGACGGCAAGCUGAAAGCUGAGGAGUUUAUUCUGGCAAUGCAUCUGGUAGACGUGGCGAAGAGCGGUCAUCCACUGCCGCUAACACUGCCAACUGAGCUGGUACCGCCCUCACAAAGGGGAGCAGUGAAUGGAUCCAGCUCUUCUCCCUAUGCAGCUCUGACUGAUGACUUGGACAUAGAACCUCCACAGAAAGCCAAGACCAACAUGUCUUUUGAGGAUAAAUUCAAAGCCAACCUGGAGCGAGGGAACGCGGAACUGGAGAAAAGACGACUCGCGCUGCUGGAAGCAGAGAGGAGAGAGCAGGAGCGGCGCGCUCAAAAGGAGAGAGAAGAGCGAGAAAAGAGAGAGAGGGAGGCCCGUGAGGCCGAGGAGCGGAGAAGGAAAGAGGAGGAGAGGAGGCUGGAGCGACAGAGGGAGCUUGAGAGGCAGAAAGAAGAAGAGCGACAGAGAGAGAUAGAGAGAAAAGAGGCUGCACAGCGGGAGCUUGAGCGUCAGAGGAAGGAGGAGUGGGAGAGAAGGAGGCGAGGAGAGCUCCAGAUAAAGAAGGAGCAGGAGCAGGAUGAUAUCAUCAGAUUGAAAGCUAAGAAGAGGAGUCUGGAGAUGGAGCUGGAGGCUGUGGGUAACAAGCAGCGUCAGAUCUCAGACCGGCUGCGUGACAUUCAGAAUAAGAAGAAGUUUUACAGGACAGAGCUGGAUCUGACUAAUCAAAGGAAAGAGACACGCCAACAAGAUAUUAGUGGCUUGCACAAACAGCUAGAGGACUUCCAGAGGAAGUUGUCCCAGCUGACUCCGGAGCAGAAGAGGCUGACAGAGAAACUCAAAAACAUGACUCUGAAUAACCUGCCCGUGUCGACCGUAGCCACACUGAAGGUGGGCGUUACAGAGAAAAAAUCCACGUGUAUGAAACUGCAAGAACAGCUGGAGGCUCUGGAGAAAGAGACUGCUGCCAAACUGGCUGAGAUGGACCAGUAUAACAAAGACAUGCAGGAACUGAGAGAGAGCCAGAGAAAGCAGCAGGCAGCAUUAGAGAAACUUCGGAGCAUCAAAGAGGACAAACGGCGUGAGCUGAUUCGAAGGAAGGCGCAGGAAGAGGAGAGGAGGAGGAGGGAAGAGGAGAGGAAACGACAGGAAGAGGAGAGGAGGCGGAAGGAGGAGGAAGAAGCUCAGAGGCGCAUUAAGAUGGAGAAGGAGCGUCAAUGGCAGGAGAAGCUUAGGAGGGAUGAAGAGGAGCGUCAGAGGAGGCUUCAGGAGGAGAGAGAGGCCAAACAGAGGGAGGAGGAGGAGAAAGAGAGACAGGCUCUCAUCCAGGCUGCCAAGGAGCAGGCUGAACGAGAGCUCAGAGCAAAGGAAGAGGCAGAACGGAAGAGGAGAGAGGAGGAGAGGAGGAAAAGAGAAGAGGAGGAGAGGAGGAAAAAAGAAGAGGAAGAGCGUCAGAGGCAGGCGGAGAGACGGAGGCAGGAGGAGGAGAGGAGAAAGCUAGAGGAGGAGAGGAGGCAGCUAGAGGAAGAGAGGAGGCAACUGGAGGAAGAGCGGAGGAAAGAGGAGAGGAGAAGGAAAGAAGAGGAGGAGAGAAAGAGGUUAGAGGAGGAGCGCAGGAGGGAGAGGGAGGAGGAGGAGAGGAGGAGACAGAGGGCAGUCGAGGCUGCCGUCCGAGAUGCGGAAGAGAGGAAAAAGCGAGAGGAGGAGGAGAGGAGGAAGAGAGAGGAGGAGGACCGGAGAAAGAGGGAUGAAGACAGAAGAAGGCUUCAGCAGCAGCAGCAGCAGGAGGAGGAGAGGAGGAAGCGUGAGGAGGAAAGGAAGAGGGCAGAAGAGGAGAAGAGGAGAAGGGAGGAGGUAGAGGAGAGGAGGAAAGCCGAGGAGGAGAGAAAGAGGAAGGAGGAGGCAUCUCGUCAGCAGCAGCAGCCGAGUGGGGGAGGGAAACUGGAUAUUCAGGAGAAACUUACAGCUCUGCUGAGAGGACUGGAGGAGAGGAAAGGUGGGCAACCCAAGGCCACGCAACACAGGAAGUCAGCCGCUCUCACAUCUUUCAAAGCGCUCUACCCGUUCAAUGCACGAAACAACGAAGAGCUCAGCUUCAAUGCAGACGAUAUUAUCGAGGUUGAUGAGACAACGGAGCGGGAGGAGGGCUGGCUGUAUGGCAGCAAACAAGGCAAGAUGGGCUGGUUCCCUGAGAGCUAUGUCGAGAGAGUGGCCCCAUCAGACAUGGCUAAUAAUACUGCUGCUGCUGCUGCUGCUGCUGUUGUUCCCAAAUUGCCACUCCAGUCACAGCUUUCCAGUGCCCUUGAGGCUGCCAAGACAGCAGGGACAAAGUCUGCCUUCACACCAACACAUUCUCCAAACAUUGCACCCUCGGAGACACAAGGACAGCAGGUGGUGGGCAACCUGCUCGCCCAGGCCCUGUGUUCAUGGACAGCAAAGACAGACAACCAUCUGAACUUCAACAAGGACGACGUCAUUCAGGUGCUGGAGCAGCAGGAGAACUGGUGGCUGGGAGAGCUGAACGGUGAACAGGGCUGGUUCCCCAAGACCUAUGUGACGCUGCUGGGAGAAGAAGAGAAUUCAGACAUGAAGAGCUCCCCUCCUGAGGCUUCAGAGUCAAGCGACAGCCUGCAGCUCGAAGAAUAUGUGGCGUUGUACACUUAUGAGUCUCCGGAGCCCGGUGAUCUGACGUUUAGAGAGGGAGAUGUGAUCUUGGUGAGCAAGAGAGACGGAGAGUGGUGGAACGGCUCUAUAGGUGACCGCACGGGCGUCUUUCCCAGCAACUACGUCAAACCUAAAGAAACAGAUACAUCAAGCAUAUCUGGAAAGAAGAAGCCAGAGAUUGGCCAGGUGAUUAGGGCACACUCCUCAACCGGACCUGAGCAGCUAAACCUGGAAAACGGCCAGCUCAUCCUCAUCCUUGGCAAGAAUGCCUCUGGCUGGUGGCUUGGAGAGCUGCAGGCCCGUGGUAAAAAGCGACAGAAGGGCUGGUUCCCUGCUUCUCAUGUCAAAAUACUGGGAUCAAACAGCGGCAAGUCCACACCAGCACCACAGCCAGUCUGUCAGGUAAUCGCCAUAUACGACUACACCGCUGCCAACGAGGACGAGAUGAGCUUCUCUAAAGGUCAGCUGAUAAACGUCCUAGACAAGAACAACCCUGACUGGUGGAAAGGAGAGAUCAGCGGGGUCACUGGCCUGUUCCCCACCAAUUACGUUCAGAUGACCACAGCGGAUUGCGACCCCAGCCAGCAGUGGUGUGCUAACCUGAACAGCCUGGACUCACUGAGCCCCCAGGAGAAGAAGAGACAGGGUUACAUCCAUGAGCUGAUAGAGACUGAGGAUAGAUAUGUGGAAGACUUGAAUAUAGUGCUGGAGGUCUUCCACAAACCUAUGUCAGAGUCAGGCCGGCUGAAUGAUGGAGAGAUGGCCAUGAUCUUUGUCAACUGGAAAGAACUGUUGGCCUGCAACACUAAACUUCUCAAGGCACUGCGUGUCCGCAAGAAGACGGGCGGGGAGAACAUGCCGGUGCAGAUGAUUGGAGAUAUCCUGUCCGCGGAGCUGUCCCACAUGCAGCCUUACAUCCGCUUCUGCUCCUGCCAGAUCAACGGAGCCACGCUGCUCCAGACUCGCACCGACAACGAGCCGGACUUCAAGAACUUCCUCAAGAAAAUCGCCACAGACUACAGGUGUAAGGGCAUGCCACUGUCCAGCUUCCUGCUGAAACCCAUGCAGAGGAUCACACGCUACCCACUGCACAUCAAAAACAUCCUGGAGUGCACUGCAGAGGGCCAUGCUGACCGAGGUCCUCUGAAAGAGGCUCUGGAGAGGGCAGAGGAACUCUGUCAACAGGUAAACGAGGGUGUAAGAGAGAAGGAGAACUCUGACAGACUGGAAUGGAUUCAGAACCACGUACAGUGUGAUGGUGCUGUGGAGCACCUGGUCUUUAACUCUCUUACCAACUGUUUAGGCCCCAGGAAACUGCUCCAUAGCGGUAAGAUGUACAAGGUAAAGAGCAACAAAGAAUUGUGGGCUUUCCUCUUCAACGACUUUCUGCUUUUGACUCAUGCGGCGAAACAGUUCACUUCUUCUGGGCUCGAUAAACUGUUCAGCAACAAGAACAAUGUACAGCUCAAGAUGUACAAACCCCCUGUGCUGUUAAAUGAAGUUCUGGUGAAGCUGCCAGAUCCUUCCAGUGACGAGCCUGUUUUCCACAUCUCACACAUUGAUAGAGUGUACAUCCUCAGGACUGACAACAUCAAUGAACGGACGGCGUGGGUCCAGAAGAUCAAGGCUGCGUCUGAAGAAUUCAUUGAGACAGAAAAGAAGAAAAGGGAAAAGGCCUAUCAAGCUCGAUCUGUGAAGUCAAGUGGUAUCGGCAGACUCCUCGUCACCAUCUUAGAAGCCACUGAGCUCAAGGCGGGAAAACCCAAUGGUAAAAGUAACCCUUACUGUGAAGUGACCAUGGGAGCUCAGAUCUUCACAUCCAGAACACUGAACGACACUCUGAACCCCAAGUGGAACUUCAACUGUCAGUUUCACAUCAAAGACCUUUACCAGGACGUGCUCUGCAUCACCAUCUUUGAAAGAGACCAGUUUUCACCUGAUGAAUUCCUGGGUCGCACAGAGGUUCCCGUGGCAACCAUAAAGAAAGAGUUGGAGAACAAGGGACCAGUGACACGACGUCUUCUGCUGCACGAGGUUCCUACAGGGGAAGUGUGGGUCCGCCUCGACCUGCAGCUGUUCAGCGGCAAAUAGACAUGUAGGAUCAACUGAAAUAAGAAACCGCAUCUUCUACUAAGACACAACAAAAGCUGCUUUUUGUCACAUAAACAAACUGGGAUGCUUCCUCCCACACGCCUCAAAUGAACUCCAAGAAAGUUCCCAUAUCAAACACCUAAACUGUGUUUCAAACAUCAGGCCUUAAAAUUUUAAUAUUAACCAGCAGCACUAAUAAUACCUCUUCUCAUGUCAUCUGAUUCCUCCAGUAGGGAUCAGAGGGCUUCUCUGUCUCAUAAUGACACCAGAUGGAAAGGGAAGCUCAGUCAGUGCUGGAGUUUGCACCUGUACAAUAUUUACACUCUGAAGGAGUUAAACAGAAGAGCUACAGCCUGUCCUCUUUUACAGUGGAGACACUGUCAUGAAGCUCCAUCUGCGUCCUUGGCUGUAAUAAUUUACAACCUUUAGAGGAAGUUAGAGCUAUUAAUAAAGCAAUAAAACUAUAAAUAUACAGGUUCUUCUCCUCUAGACUCACAGCUCUGUGUCUCAGUCAGUUUUCAUGUAUUAAGUCACUGUCACACAGUUUGCCAAGUCUAGUCAACCAAGGCCAUUUAGUUAGCUAGUGUUUUCUCUUAACUUUCAAGAUAUAUAUACGGUUAUGUGUUUUUUGUUUUUUUUUUUAAGAGCUUUGUGACUGAUUCUGGCUUACAGCAGACUGUUGACCUGCUUUAUCUUCACUGAACAUGAGCUGUCUUGUCUCAGUGACAUGAAAGUCAUCAUAAACAGUAGAUGGCAGAUGACAGACAGCAACAUGAAACACAUUGGACAACUUAGACGAGAAGUUGUUUUUUGUGAGUGGCUCUGGUCUGGAGUCAGUUUACUACUGUAGAUGGAAGAUCUCAGGAUAUGUUGUUUCGAGGUCAAGUCACUGAAGCAAUACAGAAAGCUUAUUUUGUUUAUCUGGUGUGUGUGUGUGUGUGUGUGUAUGGCGUGUAAGUGUAGAGAUGCUUAACGAACAAUUAAGAUACAGAAACAUAAAUAUUUUCAGCUGAGGUGCUGCAACUUUUUGAGUUGACUUCUAACGUCUCGCUUUAUAUUAAGUCAUCUUUUAACUCUUGUAAAAAUCUGUCAGUUUCUAAAAUCAUUUGGUUUCACUGGGAUGACGAUGGUCUUACCAUAGAUGUCUUUUUCUUUGCUUUUUCUUCAACCAAGACCAAGUAAUUUCUCCAAGUGGGAGUGCAAAAAUAAUGAAAGGUGGAAAAAAAAGAUGAAUUGAUGAGCAUUUCCUUCUACACCUCGAUCUCCUUCUCCAGCUGAGUCUGCUCUGCCCGCCGUACUCGUACUUCAGUGUAGAAGAUUUUGAGGCGACACAUAUUGGCAGUUUGUCAGCAAUAAUAAACAGUAUUUGCUCUUCUUAUACUUUUGUUCUUUACAUUUUCACACUGCUGGAUUUUAUUCCAGUCGCUGCCUCACUGACAGCAUUACUGUCCAUCUGUGUGGCCUCAAAAAAAACGACCUUUAUAAACAUCCCCCAUUAAAACCUUACAAGGAUGUCGUGUGUAAAAACUGUAUAUUUAUGUUGCAGGUUGACUCUUUGGUGUCUUCUGCCUUGUUUUUACUCUUUUGUCCUUAGCGUCCGGAUUCUUUUCUAACUCUGAGCGCCUGCUGGUGCUCUGAAUAUUAACGAAAAGUUGUUGUAUUUAUUUCUUAAUUUAUGCGCGUGUGACUAUCCAAAGGUCUGGAGCAGCUUCGCUCGCUGUAAUCUUGGAUAAUCGGUUGGUAUCCGCUGGGUUUGUUUUGAACGUGUGUGACGGCAGAUAUUAAAAAAUGUGUUCAUCUGACACACGUCGAUCCUGGUUUGAAAAGCAAUAUAACAUCUUAGAUGCUUCUGUGAUUGCGUUUUACUGUAAGUAGACUAGGUCACUAGUCGAUUUGUGAGGCCUGCUGUUUUGUGCUCUACUUUGUCUUAUUCAAUCAAGCAAAUUGUUUUUAGUCUUUUUUUGUUUUUGUUUUCUUUUUUUUUUGAAAUUGUGGAAAAUGUGCAUAGAGACUGGACUACCUUCCUUGUCUGUGUUGGGGUGUAAAAGUUUGUCUUUUGUUUUACUCUUUGUUUUCCGCAGCCUUCUGCAUUGACUGCUGCUGUGCUAACUGAGGUCAUGGCCUCUCUAACUCAGACUGCCUGUUCACAGCUGAUCAGCCUGGAGUCUGUAACCUGCUGUUUGUACUCACUUUGGCCUGUUCGUGGCGCUCUCUGAUUCAGGGUUUCUUAAGUCAAAUUAAAGACAUUAAAAGUAAACCAACUGUCAAAUUAUUGGCUGGCUAAAGGAAAGUGAUAUUUCGCCGUGUACGGCCGAUGAAUUUCAGCUUUAGACUUUAUCUGAAAAGAAACCUUGUCAUUUCUUUCAAAAACCAUUCAUCUGCUGUUUACUACAGCCAUCCCCCCAUUUUUAGUUACACCAGAAGACACAUCUUUACACUCAUUUUAAGUAUGAAAUUCAGUGAAUACACAGUAAUCAUGAUCCACUCAUUUUUAAAAGCUGCCUACAACGAGGAUAUAUUGCAUGUUUGAUAGGUAGAAGCUGUGCAUGUCGUCCAGUGCAUUGAC